AAACUCGCUCAUGUACACCCCAACUCCAAAGAGCUCUCAGGAGUAGACAGGCGUAACCAAAGGCCCGGAAACAAAAGAAGAGAAAAAGAAAAAAGAAUCUUCCUCCUCUAAGCUCAGCUCACCUCGCCGGUCUCGGAGGAAAAUGCUGGCUCGCCUCGUCGCCAACCGUCUCCUCGAGAUCCGUCAGAUUUUCCGUCAGCCGUUGUCGUCGCGAUCCUUCUCUACUGCUCUCAACUACCACAUUGACUCUCCGGAUAACAACCCGGAACAGCCUUGGGAAUUCACUGAUGUAAACAAAGAGAAGGCUAAGGAAAUAUUAUCCCACUAUCCAUCAAACUACAAACAAUCUGCAGUGAUUCCUUUGCUAGAUCUUGCACAGCAGCAGCAUGGUGGAUGGCUUACUGUUUCAGCUAUGAAUGCAGUAGCUAAGAUUAUAGAAGUUGCUCCUAUCCGUGUUUAUGAGGUUGCAACAUUUUAUUCUAUGUUCAAUCGAUCAAAGGUUGGCAAGUACCACCUGUUGGUUUGUGGCACAACACCCUGCAUGAUACGUGGUUCUCGAGAAAUUGAGGAUGCCUUACUGAAACACCUUGGAGUGAAGCGCAAUGAAGUAACUAAAGAUGGUUUGUUCUCGGUUGGUGAAAUGGAAUGCAUGGGAUGUUGUGUGAAUGCUCCCAUGAUUACAGUGGCUGAUUACUCUAGUGGAUCCAAAGGAUAUACUUACAAUUACUAUGAAGAUGUUACUCCCAAACGAGUUGUUGAGAUAGUUGAAAUGUUAAGGAAGGGGGAGAAGCUACCGCCUGGUACACAAAAUCCACUGCGGAUUAAGAGCGGACCAGAAGGAGGGAAUACUACUUUGCUGAGUGAGCCAAAGCCACCUCCAUGCCGAGAUCUUGAUGCCUGCUAAAAUGAUGGUAUAUUGCUGUCUCAAAUAAUGUAAAGCUUGGAUAGUCAGGCUUCCAAAGCACAUAUUUUCAAUUCCUAAGCUUCCAGUUUUCCAUGAGUUGUUUUGUCUUUUUGAAUCUGCAAGAUCUGGUCAAGUCUUAGAGUUCCCCAAGCCAGCAAAUAUUUGGUAAUUAAGUGUUACUUGUACACAACAUUUUUUUCGAUUUCUAAAUGAGUAUUUAUUUACUUUCUGGAAGAAAUGUAUGACCAUUUUGUGCCCUAGUAGUUACGCAUCAGGACUCCAUCUCACUUUUAAUGGUGAAGAUGACAGACAGGAUUUUUAUGACUCACUGAAGUUUUGUGAUUCAUAGUAUGACUGGUAAACACAGAAAACCAUUUGGUUCA